AUGAAUGUGAAAACAGUGAAAAUCUUAAAGGAAAAAUUACAAGAUAAAGAAGAGUUAGAGAAGAAACAGUCAUGUCUUUGGUUCAAUAUCCUAUCACAAUAUUUAUUUCAAGAACUGAGAGAUACUCCACAAGUCAGAAGGUUUGUUAUGAAGAAAAUGAACAAAGAAUUCGAAGAAGUUCUACAAACAACAUCAGGAAAAUUUUUAGAUCAAAUUAUUAUUCGUGAUUUUAAUUUGGGCACAACAUUUCCUAUUGUAAAUAAUGUUAGUAUAAAAAAUAUUGUAAAAAAUGGGGAUAAACUAGAGGAAAUUGAUUUAGGUUUAGAUGUUGAUUAUGAUGGUGGAUUUCAAAUAGCUUUAGAUGUAUUUUUAGUUUUUAAUAAAUCAGCAUAUUUAUCUGUUACUCUUAAAAAACUAAAAGGUUAUGCUAGAUUACAGCUGACUCGAACACCAUAUACUCAUUGGUCAUUCUCUUUCUAUGAUGAUCCUGAAGUAGAUUUUGCAGUAGAAUCUCAAUUUGAAGGUCGACAGUUACCACAAGUUGCCAAUAUUAUCAUUACACAGUUAAGACGCAGUAUAAGAAAAAAACAUACAUUACCAAACUAUAAAAUGAGGUUUAGACCGUUCUUUUUUCAACAAGAACUUGAAAAACCUCUCCGAGAUCUCACAGUAAAUGGCCAUAAUAUAACCACUGGAAGACUGGAUAUUCAAGUAAAAGAAUGUUCAAGACUACUUAAAACACCAAAAGAUUCUUUUUUAUAUUGCUCUGUAUCUAUUGAUUAUUUACCAUAUAAAGAACUAGUCAAUUCUAGAAGGAGAGUGUGGGUAACACAUGACAUUGAAGUUAAUAAAAAUAAUGCUCAAUCUGUUGGUCUUGCUUUUAAAGAGGAACAACUAUUAGACAGAUAUGAAACAGCAGUCAUUGUGGAAUUCGUUAUUCCCGAUUCUCCAGCUGCAAUUGCAGACAUCAGAAAGGGUGACAUGUUAAUAGCUAUAGGUACAACUAAAAUAUCUUCAACAAAACAAGCUGCCAAACUAAUCAAAACUGCUGGGGAAAAGUUUAUGGUUCGGCUGGAACGAACUCAGAUAAAAAUGAAUCCUGAUCUCAAAUUUGUGGAAGAAAACAUCAAUGUCAAGGAGUCAGCAGAAUUUGAGUUUUCUGAGGAGUCUGCUGUCGGUGACAAUAAUGGGGAGGAGUUUAUAAGCAUUAGUUUUAAACAAGAUGGGGAGGAGCCAAAAAUUAAAAUGUCUCAUGAUAAGCCAAAAACCACCAUCAAUCAAAGUCCACCUACUCAUCAACAAAAACCCAGAUCUAAAACUGAUUUGACAGUGGAUGGUACACCUGUUUUGAAGAAAAGAAGCAUUGGCAGUGAAUCUCCAGCUAGCAGUUUUAAAAGAGAGAGCUCUCCACAUGGAUUACGCUACAGAACACAUAGUGAUCCUGGACAGCUUACUAAGUUAAUAAAUGAUGAUGUCGAUAGUGUACAUUCCACUGAAACUGAUGGUGGUACAGUUAGUGAUAGUGAUGAUGAUGUUUCAACUGUGCAGAAAACCAAGGAGGUCAAAUCUAGUCAGAAUCCUAAAUGGAACCAUGCAAUGAAUUUUGAUAUAACAGAACAAUUAAGAUAUCUCAACCUUUGUAUAUGGUGUAAAAUACCAGAGAAAACUGAUAAGAGUGAAAAAGUUAUUAAGCCUGAAAGACAUUUAUUAGUUGGACAUGUAAACAUUCCAUUAUCGGACCUAUGUUUAGAAUGUUUAUUAACUUUAGAGGGCCAAACUAAAUAUAAAGUUAAUUUAUUACCAGGGGAAAUGAAAGCUACUGCUAGUCGUUCUAAAACUGGAAAAUAUAUGAAUCUGCCAGGAUUUGAUUCUCAGUUAUGUUAUGGUGAUGUGACAUUAAUAGUAAAGUUCAAUAAUAAUAACUUGAAUGAGAAUGAAAGACAGACAAUAACUAAAGUACCCUUAGAUCCUAGUGUAGUAACAGAUACCAAUAGAGAUACUACUAUCAAUAAAGCUGUAGAUGAAGUAACUGAUAUCAACCAUCAUUUCAAUGGAGCUCAAUUCCCUUCAGCUACAUAUUGCAAUUUCUGUGGUAAAAAGAUCUGGUUAAAAGUAGCUUUUCAGUGUAAACAAUGUUCUAUGAUUUGUCAUAAAAAAUGUGUAGAAAAAUGUCAAGCUGAUACUCUGUGUACAAAAAAUGGUGUUAAAUGUCGUAGUAAACCAGAUACAGAAUGGAAGAUGCCUGUAGUAACGUCACGUCUGAAGAAAGUACAGGAAUAUAAAGAGGGUGUGACUAAAAGUAAAUUAUUAAGUAAAUUCCGUAAAGAAGACAAACCCUCACAACAACAACAACAAACACCUGUUAAAAAGAAUGUGCCAACCAGUCUAGAUAUUAACGUUAAUACAGACAGUGAUGUAAAGAUGUCGCCUGGGAUAACACCAUCACCAAGAUUUAGUCCCAGAUUACUACGUAAAGUACCUAAAGUUGUAUUAGAAGCUGGUGAUAGCACUACUAAAGUAUUGCAAGAUGACCCACCAUCAGAUGAUUCUGAUGCAGAACAAAAUGCUGCCUUACAAGAACUGUAUGAGAAGAGGGCUAAAGGACAGAAUUUAGAUGAAAUGGUUGUUACAGCAGCGAAACAGAUGGGUCGUGAACUAUUCACACAUUUAUCUAUUACUGAACGCAAAAAUAAACUUGAUCAUAUGGUUUCCAAACUUCAGUUAGAAAUUGACCAAGAAACAGAAAAUAAAUCUGAUUUGAACAGAACUCUUCAUGAAACAUUGGACCAGGGUCAAAGACAAGCUAUUCAACAACAUUUACUGAAAUCGGAAGAAAAAGGAGACGCUUUGAUGAUGUUGUUAUUACAUUAUUGUGCUGGACUUCAACAUUGUUUAGAUCAGGAACAGGAAGAGAGACUGAAAAACGAAGGGGAACUCAAUGAGGGGGAACUCAAUGUGGAAGAACUUGAAAACUGUGUAGGCAAAGAGGAGGAUAUUUAUGUGUCUACUGAAGACCUUCUUUUUAAAAUGAUAGAGAAUGGCCAUGACCAAUUUGGUGACAUGGGGGCUGUCCUCAUUGACAAAUCAGAUGCCGAGGAAAGCGACAGUGAUGAUUUUGAAAAAUUUCGUGUUUUGGAUCAUCAAAUAGAUGAUGGGGAACUUAUCUAG